CCGAAAAUGACGCAUAGUAUAACUCAAUGUCGGGUUAGACGCAAUUUUAUUUUUAAGUAAUGUAACUCAAUAACGUAAAAACGUAAAAAGCAAUCAGGCAGAAGACGAGUUGACCAAUGAAGCAUGAAGACGAAGUCAACGAAGAUAUGACAAGUGUAAACAACUCGCAGUUAAAAGACGAGUAAAGCAGAUGCAAACUCUGCGAAUUUAACAAUACAUUAGCAUGCAAGGCGGCACGCGAUGUAUACAGUAUUACUGCGUCAUUCUGCAGCUUCACGCACACUGUGAUUCAAUGAUUUAAAUCUCUAAACGCGCAAAAGGCGAAACUGUUUAAAGUUAACCUCUACGUCGUGCUCCGAUCGCGGCUUCCGCAACUGGAGUUUUGAUUUUCGAGCAGGGGCGACGUUGAAUUACUGCUAUGAGCGAGGACGCGGAUCGAUUGAGCAAAUACUUGAAGCAUUCGCUGAAGACGGUGCCGAAAUCGAACGUGCUGGAAUGUCGCGUGUGCGAGGAGGUGUUCACGGUGGACGGCGUGAAGGUGCCGCGUCUGCUGCACUGCGGCCACACAGUCUGUCACUCCUGCUUGCUGCGGCUGAGGACCUGCGUGCCGGACCAGCAGUUCCUGCUCUGUCCGUUCGACCGGCAGCCGACCGCCGUGUGCGAGAACAGUGUUUACAGCUUGAAGAAGAACUUCGCGCUCAUCGAGCUGCUUGAACGGCUCGAGCAGUCCAACAGCGAGAAGACCCUGGUGCUGGAGCGCGAACGGCUGCAGUCAAACCAAACGUGCGACGAGGACGAGACGCACACUGCCGUUCUGUACUGCACCGUGUGCGCUACGCAUCUGUGCGAGGCGUGCGACACCGCCACGCACUCGUCUAAGACGUUGGGCAAGCACAGGCGCGUGCCACUGUCGGAGAAGCCGCGCGAGAAGCCGCGCUGCCCGAUUCACACGGCGCACGUCGCCGAGUUUACGUGUACCCAGGAGGGCUGUCACAACUCCUUGAUGUGCUACCUGUGUAAAGAGUACGGCAAGCACAGCACGCACAAGCCGGCAUUGGUGGAGGAAGAGGCCGAAAACAUCAGGAAGUCCAUUAUUGCGGCGUUGCAGAAGAUGACGCAGUUUAUGGAAAGCAUGAGGGAUACCGCGCACAGAAUAGAAAUAGUAAUCGAGGAAUUAGAGGGCUGGGCAAUCGAGGACGCAAGGAGGAGGGUGCGGUACCACUUCGAGGAGCUGCGCGCCGUUUUGGCCGAACAGGAAAAGACGGCGAUGGCGUACGUCGAGACGGAGACGCGCGGUAGACUGUGCGCGUUGAGACAGCAACAAAAGGAUCUCACGACCACGCGGUCGCAAGUGGCCGGCGUGUGCAUCCAGUGCGAGAGCAUACUUGACUCCGAGGACUGGAAGUUACUGAGCAGUUCGGAAAAAGUCAAGGAAGUGCUGGCGACGUUGGAGCAACAGCAGCAACAUUAUGCGCAAUUGGGGCCGGACUUUCUCAGUCCAGAGUCCUCUAUUCCCAUUAUAUUCAGCAGAGAUAACAGGAUACACAUUGGAACAAAGAUCGAUAUGCGCGUAGUGAUUCUGGGACUGGACGGAGCCGGAAAGACGAGUAUCCUGUCCGCUAUGCGCGGCGUUACGCUAUCGAGCCCGCCGAUUCCCACUAUCGGAUUUAACGUCGAAAGCCUCGAGUAUCAGAAUCUCGUUUUCACCCUCUGGGACGUCAGCGGACAGCAGAAGUUUCGGCCACUGUGGAAGCACUACUAUCAUAACACGCAGGCCGUUAUUUUCGUGGUCGACGCCAGCGAUAGAUCUCGCUUCGAGGAGGCGCAGAAUGAAUUGUCGAAGAUACUUUACGAACGGGAGCUCAAGGACGCUCUAUUUUUAAUCUAUGCCAACAAGCAGGAUAUUGCAGGCUGUGCGAGUGUCGAGGAGCUAACCGACGUACUCGGUUUACAUAAACUCUGUUGUGCAAGAGCUUGGCACAUUCAGGGCUCAUCGUUAAUUACCAAUGCCAGUGGCACGUUACAGGGGCUUGACUGGCUCACGCAACAGCUCGGUAGUCACUGGACGGAGUGUGUAUAGAGUAUUCUUUUUUUUAUGUCAUUUUUAAAUUAUUGAUGAUUAAGUAGUCGGCAAGAAACAUUUCGCGUUAGUUGCGUGGCCCCCACGCAAGGACGAGACAGACGAGACUGAUGUUAGAUUGAAGUCGCGCAAGGUAUCCGUUAUUUCUUAUUUAUAAUUUAAAUAUUUAUAUGUUAUUAUAUUAUAAUAUUUUAUGUUAUUCGCUCUGUGAGCGAUGGAUGCGUGAGAUAAUUUAAUAAUUAUUGCUUCUCUCACUUUUCGUGUACAUAUAUAUAUAUAUAUAUAGAUGUUACAUUUUUAUUAUUAAUUUGUUAUGCACGAGAUAGAUAUCCGAGUUCUCUCGAGUUACGUUACGCCAAGAAAGAAAAUACAAAUUCUCGGGUCACCAGACGGUCGUUUGGAAGAAAAAUGAUGUUUGUUUAUUUUCUGAAUAUAAAAAUGGAGCUACAAGGUAAACUAU